AUGGCCCAAUACAGAAGCAGCGUAGGUCUCAGGUCUCUAGGAUUCGACUCGACUCUGGUGUGGUGUCGCCCUAUUCCGCUCGAACCGGCAAACUGCGAAUGCGUGGCGCCGCGGCCGCCGGACGCAACGCAACGCGUCGCAACACAUCAGGACUCAAGGACUAAGGAGUCAUCACGCAAGAUCACACCACGGCAGUUGGCAGAGAACAGAAAGGAUCAGUCCACAUCCAUCCAAAGAAAGUUUGAAUCUGGUAAUGACAAUAGGAAAAUGAAUAGACGUGUGGAUGCAUUGAGUGGUACGGCUGCUUCGACGAAUCCUGAUGAGUUGGCGAUAGCUGCUGUGGAUGAAGCAACUAAUGAGAAUGAGGAAGAAAAUGCCGACAUCGGCGUCGAUGAUAACAACGCCAACUCCCGAAGCUUACUAUGUCCAUUCAUCUCCUUCCUUCGAUCUGAAGAGUCAGAUCCAUAUAUCAUCGCCUCGUACAUGAGUUCUUCUAGUGCAGACCAGAUGGCAGUAUGUGGCGACGAAUCGCAACCGGUUCGCCAUUCGUUAAUCCGGUUGGAACAGACGAGUCAGAUGCAGAGUCUUCCUGAUUUGCGAAUCGCAGGGGCCGUUUUUCAAAGUUUGGUUAGUGAUGCUAUUUAUUGUAUUGAGCUUUCAAGGAAGAGAGGUAAGCACGGCCCUGAAGCCAGGAUUUCAGGCAUGGAAGAAAGUGCUAUUACUCAGGCUAUGCGAACGUCCUCCAGUCGCCCUGGUGAGCCUGUUUUCCUACCUGCUGUUGGCAUGGAGUUCAACUCCGCAAAAGAAGCAAAAGACUUCUACAACCUAUAUUCUUGGGAAAUUGGAUUGGGCAUUAGAAAAGGUCGAAACAGAGUGAAUGACAACAAUUUCACAACGAGGCAGGAUUUUGUAUGCUCAUGUGAGGGCCUCUGUCCUAACAGCAGGGCUGCAACCUGCAGGACUGGUUGCAAAGCCAUGAUCAGGCUUCAUCGCACCGGUGAUCAUGGAUUGGUUAUUUCUCGGUUGCACCUGCAACACAAUCAUCCUUGUUCUGCUACCCAUGGGCAGAACAAACAGUGGCUCUCACACAGAGACAUUGAUCCUAUGACCAAGGAUGUUCAGAAGCUCCGUGAAAAUAAUAUUCCUAUAGGGAGGGUUUGCAGCAUUCUAAGGGUUCACGGUACUCGAUCAGAAAUUCCUGUAAGGAAAGAGGCGGUAAGAUCUCUUUGCGCUAGAAUUGUCCAGGAUAAUAUUAAGGACGACAUAGGGAAGACAUUGGGCCUUCUUGAGCAGAUGAAAAGGAAUGAUGUUGGCAUGGAAAUCAGCUUUAAACUUCAUGAAGAUGGUAAGAUUAAAUUGAUGCUCUGGUGCACUGGAAAGAACAGGGCUGACUACGCAAAGUUCGGUGAUGUGGUGACAUUUGAUACUACCUAUCGCACGAAUUUAUAUAACCUCCCAUUUGGACUUUUUGUUGGUGUUAAUAACCACUUUCAGUCCAUUGUGCUUGGUGGGGUAUUGCUGACAACCGAGAAGGUUGAGGAUUUUGAGUGGGCUUUCAGCAAGUUUGUAGAAAUAAUGGGUGGCAAGGAACCCCACACUAUACUCACAGGUUGCUCUUCCGAAUCUCGUCAUAUGUGA